GUGCAGGGAGGGAGGGAGAGACUGAGAGAGGGAGGAAGGAGGGAGCUCCUACUGCCGCCACGCCACUCUUGCUGCUGCUUCUGCACCUACGAGCGAGCGAGACUGUGCCUCGCAGAGAAAGUGAGAGCAGGCAGGAGCGCAGCGGACCAAUCUGGGAGCCCCAGAGAAACCAGGACUGCGAGGUCAAGCAGGCAAGAAGGCAAGCUGGCUAGGAGAGCAGCCUCCCCGGGAGCCCAGGCGGCGGAAGAAGCGAGAUACAGGCUUUGAUCCAAUCAGAGGACUAGAUCCGCGCUGGGCUCCAACUCUCCGCCUCUCUCUUUCCCCCACCCUGCUUGUCUUUAUUCUUCCCUCUCUUCUACUCCCCCUCCCCCCCUCGCACAACUGCAACAGCUGCAAAAACUGCUGUCGGUGAUCUCGCAGGUCCUUUCGUUGGGCUGGCCGGGGGGGCUGCAGCAUGGCUUUAUCGUGGAGAAGCUGGUUAGCAAACGAAGGGGUUAAACACCUCUGCCUGCUCAUCUGGCUCUCUCUCAAUGUCCUACUUUUUUGGAAAACCUUCCUGCUGUAUUAUCAAGGACCAGAGUAUUAUUAUCUCCACCAGAUGUUGGGGCUAGGAUUGUGUCUAAGCAGAGCUUCAGCAUCAGUUCUCAACUUCAACUGCAGUCUUAUUCUUUUACCGAUGUGCCGGACAUUGUUGGCCUUCCUGCGGGGCUCCCAGAAGGUUGCAAGCAGAAGAACAAGAAGGCUUUUAGAUAAAAGUAGAACUUUCCACAUAACCUGUGGUGUUACCAUAUGUAUCUUUUCAGGAGUCCAUGUUGCUGCCCAUCUGGUGAAUGCUCUGAACUUCUCUGUGAAUUACAAUGAAGAUUUCCUUGAAAUAAAUGCAGCAAGAUAUCGAGAUGAGGAUCCCAGGAAACUUCUCUUCACCACUGAACAGUUUAAAUGCAUGCACAUAUAUUUAUCUAUUUACACAUUUAUUUUAGUUCCUGGAUUGACGGGGGUCUGCAUGGUGUUGGUGUUGUUCCUCAUGAUUACAGCUUCUACAUAUGCCAUUAGGGUUUCUAAUUAUGACAUCUUCUGGUAUACCCACAACCUCUUCUUCGUCUUCUACAUACUGCUGAUGCUGCAUGUCUCAGGAGGGCUCCUGAAAUAUCAAACUAAUCUCGAUGCACACCCUCCUGGCUGCCUCAGUCCUAAUAGAACUCGCCACCUGAAUAUUCCCCUGCCACAGUAUUUCUCGGAGCAUGUUCCUGAACCCUUUCCUGGAGGAUUUGUAAAUCCUGAGCUGUUUAUACAGAACGAGUUUGUGAAAAUCUGUGCAGAGGAGCCCAAGUUCCAAGCAAAUUUUCCUCAGACUUGGCUUUGGAUUUCAUUACCAUUAUGCCUCUAUUGUGCUGAAAGGCUUUACAGGUGCAUUAGAAGUAAUAAGCCUGUGACAAUCAUUUCAGUCAUCAGUCAUCCAUCAGAUGUCAUGGAAGUUCGAAUGAUCAAGGAAAACUUUAAAGCCAGACCUGGCCAAUAUAUUAUUCUUCACUGUCCAAGAGUGUCUGCACUAGAAAACCAUCCAUUUACUCUUACAAUGUGCCCAACUGAAACCAAAGCAAUAUUUGGAGUUCAUUUGAAAAUAGUUGGAGACUGGACAGAAAGAUUUCGAGAUUUGCUGCUCCCUCAGUCUGGACAAGAUUCAGAGAUUCUGCCCUUCAUCCAGCCAAGGAACUAUCCCAAGCUAUACAUCGAUGGACCUUUUGGGAGUCCCUUUGAGGAAUCGUUGAAUUAUGAGGUCAGCUUGUGUGUGGCUGGAGGUAUCGGAGUGACUCCUUUUGCAUCAAUACUCAACACACUGCUGGAUGACUGGAGACCUUACAAGCUCAGAAGACUGCAUUUCAUCUGGGUGUGCAGGGAUAUCAAGUCCUUCCAUUGGUUCGCAGAUUUACUCUGUGUGCUGCAUAACAAGCUUUGGCAGGAGAACCGGCCUGACUAUGUGAACAUCCAGCUGUACCUCAGUCAGACAGAUGGAAUACAGAAAAUAAUUGGUGAAAAGUAUCAAGCACUGAAUUCUAGACUUUUUAUUGGAAGACCUCGAUGGAAACUUCUCUUUGAUGAAAUAGCCAAAUGUAACAGAGGGAAAACAGUUGGUGUUUUCUGCUGUGGACCCAGUUCAAUUUCCAAGACUCUUCAUCAGCUGAGUAACCAGAACAAUGCUUAUGGGACAAAAUUUGAAUACAAUAAGGAGUCUUUCAGCUGAAAGCACUUGGGAACUGACAAGGACAAGGAUGGACUCUUCAAAAGGAUCUAGUGCAAUUUUUUAGACUUCUAAAGUCAGCCACAGUCAACAGAUAAUGAGUGCCCAAGAAUAGUGAGGUUUUCUUAUUUAUGAUUAUUUAAAAUGUUAAUGUAGGGGAGAUGGAAGAAUGAUGAUCCAUCCACAUGAGUUUAAUCUGGGAACCAAAGAGGAUCAGCAAAGUGUGGACUACCAUGAUUUGGUGUUCAAUGCUUGCAUUAAAAAGAAAGCCAUUAGAUACACACGGUUGAUUUUAUGGCUGAUUGAAGAGCUCCCCAUUGAGUGGCUGAACUUUCUCCUCACGAGGCUGAUUGCCUCUGUCAUCCUUCAGUUAUUUUUGGUUGAACAGGUUCCAGAUUGAUCAAAAUUAAAAAUUCAUACAUAAAGUCAGACUACCUUCUGUGCUUUGUAUACAAACAAAAUAGUUUUAAUUUGGAAAAAAAAACCUCUAGGCAAAUGUACUAAUAUUUUAGACACAGCAACCCAGGACACUUUAUUAAUACGGGUACUCUGUCAACAUCAAGCCACUUCACUACUGAUGCUGAUACCUCCAUUUAAUGCCCACAGCUCCUAGGCUAUGGGAUGGAAGUUUGUGUGAGUAUGGAUAUGGCAUAUAUAUUUUUAUGUUUUAAUUUUAGCCUUGUAUUCAGUCCAGGGAUUCUACUAUUCCCUGACAGGGGUUGAACCAAAUGUCCUCAUAGUCCCAUCCUUACCUUCUUUGGUCUUUGGGAAAACAAACAAACAAACAAACAUUAGCCUGAGUAUCAGAGGACCUCUUCCACCAAUUAACUUUAUAGUCUUGUCAAAAUCAUCUGACCUCUCUGAGCCUCAGUUUUUUCAUUUGUAAAAUCAGGAAGGGGGUUGGUGUAGAUGGCUUUAAAGUCCUUCUCGCCUUUAAAAUUUCAUGAAUUUAUGACCCUUCUUUAUAAAAAGGAGGAAAAAUGGGAUAUUAUGUGUGUACAGUAUCUUGAUGAUUGUUACUCCUUCCCUUUGAGCAAAGAUGCUCUUUGCAUCUUCUCAUGGUAGAGCCCUUCUUUGUUGAGAAUCUGUUUAAUAUAAAUUUGGAGAAUAAAAUACUUCACUUCUUUUCUAAGCUUGCACAGAAUAAGAUAUUCGUGGGCAUUCCUUGGCUGUGGAACUCUCUGAGAUCACUGAAAGUGUCACUUUACAUAAGCAGAAAGUGGUUAUUUUACCAGGCACAUGCCACUAGAAUUUUUGCAAUUUAACUCUGGCAUUAAGAAUCAGUUAUUACAGGUUACAGAGCUAAUAACUCCAGUAUUAAAGAUGUUAUUUUGCAACAUCUAAUCUCAGCAAUGAUAUAUAAUAAAUAUUCUUAACAUUAUACUCAA